CCCGAAUACCUGUGUGUAGUCUUGGAGACGUUCACUCAAGUCUUCUCUUGGUGGAUUCGUGAAUGCGGGGGCAACCAAACAAGCUGGACCGAUAAAACAGUCGUCGGGUAUCUCUAUAGAGCUCAAUACUCUACAUUUUGGACUGAAUGUAUUACGGUUUCCUACUGAUGCUGCUUCCAGGCGGGAGCCAACUUGGAAGACGUUUUCAUUUCCAAUUAACAUAGGCUCUUUACGUCUAUCGGGGUUGUUAGAGGUGUUUUAGGUUGUAUAUAGGUGAUAUAUUCACUACAGAAGUCUUUUACCUACCUAUUCACUAUAAUUGCACUUUCUUCAACGAUACAGUUCUCGCCUAUGAUGAUAGGACCGGGUACGGCUAAUAUAGUACACUUUGGAUGUACUACUGUACCAUCUGAUAUCGUUAUAUUACCUCUCAAAUCAGCGUCCUUAUAGCGGUGUCAAUUCGGUCUAUAGACGGAAACAAAAGAAGCAGACCUGACAAACGAGUGCUCUAGGAUGUAUAUCGACUUUAUCGACCGUCGUCAUCGUUUGAGUUUAAGAAGAUUUUUAAUUUAAAUAGCGUAAUUAAGCGUCUUAUCACUACGUUGAAUAUAAAGACCUAUGAGCAGCUUAUCAAGCAAGGAGAAUGGCUCAGUAACUAGCCACGUACCCUGUAAAUUCUACAAGAAGGAUCAGUGCAGAGCUGGUGACGAUUGCCCGUUCAGUCACUCAACCCAAGCAAAGAAUAAAUCUAAUAUACAGCCAUGUACUUGGUAUAUAAAGGGUAGUUGUCGAUUUGGCCAUAGAUGUGCGUUAAGUCACGUCAUGCCUGGACAGCCUCAGUCAAUGGACAAAAGGAACAAGAAAGAGGCUUUACAGCUACAAAAGGAUCUAAUCAAAGAAAGCUUAAAUAAAGUAGACGAUUUGUUGCGUAUACCUCAAUCUACGUCCUUGAAUGCACUCCCUACUACGUCACUAAAGCCAGAAUCAAGCCCAGUCGCCAAGCCAGAGACACAUCAGCUGAGCCAAUCUUUGAGCUCCUUCCAGAGGCCAAGUUUGUAUUACAAUUGGAGGUCAUUCUCGUAUGUUGAUAACGAUGACAUCAAUUUAGACAAGAAUGAGACACUUGACGAUCUUGAGAAUGGUGAAGAAUUUUUGCCAUCCAGUUUGGAUGAGUUGUUGACACCUUUAGAGAGACGUAGAAAGCAUUCGAGCAGAACAUCUUCAAUUUCCUCCGCCUUCACGCUUUCUCCUGCUAUCAAUACAACUCAGCAGUUACCAACGCCAGCAAUGAAUAAUAUGGAAAAUAGCACGCUUACUUUAAAACCACACACCCACGAAGACGAUGCAACACAGUUUGAUUUGGAUCUGGAGUUAUAAAAAAAUAGCUUUCUCUUGCUAAAAAUUAAAAAGAAACAUAACGAUUCUAUACCAAUAAACUAUCAAAAAUACAAGAGCAAGUCACUCUAUACCGUUAUUUCACUCAACUCACUUAUUUCACUUGAUUAACACAAAAUAAAAGUAAAAAAAUUGAAUAUUUCUGUAAUAUUUUUGUCUAUAUAAAUGUUAUUAAACGAAUUUU